AACUCAGACGGCACUGGAGUGGCUCUUGGGCGAAACCAGCCCCUGAAGAGAGAGAGGCCUAAAUGGAAGAGUGACUACCCCAUGACUGAGGGCCAGCUGCGGAGCAAGAGGGAUGAGUUCUGGGACACGGCGCCCGCCUUCGAGGGCCGGAAGGAGAUCUGGGAUGCACUGCGGGCCGCAGCCAGCGCUUUCGAGAGCGGCGACCACAUGCUGGCCCAGGCCAUCCUGGACGGAGCCAGCAUCACCCUGCCCCAUGAGGCCAGCUUCAAGUCCCACCUGGACCGGGGAUGCAGGAUCAGAGUGGGACACACAGGGACCAGGAGGAGGGACUGGUGGGUCCCACCUAGACCAUGGACGCAUGGUCAGAGUGGGAUCCACAGGGGCCAGGAGGAGGGAAUCUGGGGCCCUGACGGAGUGUUACGACGAGCUGGGGAACCGCUACCAGCUGCCCGUCUACUGCCUCUGCCCCCCCGUCAACAUGAUCGAGGAGCACUCCGACGAGCCCGACGGCUCCGACCCGGACUCGGGCGCGGCCGACCCGUCGGGCGCGACCCCGGCCCCGGGAGGGGAGCGCCUCCUCAGACUGCGUCUCUCCACGGGCCGCGACCUGCGGCUGGCGGUGCGCUCGGCCGACACAGUGGGGGCCAUGAAGCGCCGCCUGCAGGCGGUGGAGGGCGUGGCGCCGGCCGCCCAGCGCUGGUUCUUCUCCGGGCGGCCCCUGACGGACCGCCUGCGGCUGGACCAGCUCAACGUGUCCCGGGACUAUGUGGUGCAGGUGAUCAUCAGCCAGCCCCCCGCGCCGGACACGCCCCCGCUCGGACACGGACAGGCGGCGGGGGAGGGGCCGUGCACGGAGCCGGAGGACCACCGCCCCACCGCCAGCCCCGCUGACUAUUAGCCAGGGGGGGGACCCGGAGACACGUGUGACUGGACCUGAGAUGGAGCCGGAGGAGAGACGUGGUGCAGGGUGGAGGGGAGGUGGGGGGGAAUCGAAGGGGAAGGAGGGGGGGGGGGAAUCGAAGGUGAAGGAGAGGGGGGGUGGGGGUGGGGAUGGAGGAGGGAGGAGAGCUGGGGUAGAGAUGGAGGAGGGGUGGGGUGGUUGAGAUCCUCUAUGAAGCGUGUGUUUCGGCGCACGUUGACCAGCCCUGUCCUGGUUUUACACAAUGGUAUUCUCGCUAUUCUUUUCUACGUAUUGUGAGACUGUUCCUGUGGAAACCAAAAAAAAAAAAUCAAAUGGAAUAUGGAUAUAACUCUGAACUUUCGGGGUUGCAGUUCAGAGGCUGUUUUUUUUAUUUUUUAGCAAUGUCUUUGUUGUCUCGUCCUUCACACUCCAAUUAUAAGCAUUAUAACAGCUGGAGUGCAGCAGGACCCUGAUAUCGAGAGUUGGAAUGCAGUUUUAGGUAAUUCCCAAUCCAGGCCCAGACUGACGAGAGGGAAGGGUUUGACCCUUACACAGCGCGAUGGCCUUCUGACCCAGCCUGACUAGUUUCAGGAGUCCUUCCUUUUCCCCCCCUUUCUCCCUGCAUCAGAUCAACAAUGUUGUAGAGCAGCGUAGACCCCACUGGGGAACUCUCACCUAUCCACAGACCACCCAGACCUCUCAGUCCCCAGGAUCUCCCCAGCAUGCUGAUAUCAUACGGGGGCUUUACCCGAAAGGGGAACGACGUACACUUAUAGGAAAAUUCAUCUUCUCACACACAAAAAAAGGCUCAUUGCAUUUAGUCUCUUGAUUUAGUAAUCUUGCAGAAGCUCAGCUGAGAAAAACUCUAUACUCAACAAAACUACACGGGGGGAGGGGGGGUUGCAUGGAUGUUUACUGAGUGGGGGGUUGCUCAGUAUCGAGUCACCUUCUGCCAAUGGGGUAACGUGAUGAAUGGAGGAACACAGCUUCAUAUUUUGAUGAAAUGCAAUGUUUUUAAUUAAAUUGCCCAUUGUUUCUACUUUAA